UUUUAGGUUCUGUUCCCACAUUUGUGGCUGAGAUCUCGACCCCAAAUAUCAGGGGUUUGUUGGGAAUGGCUUUUAAUCUUUUCGGAGUGGUGGGCAUACUUUAUAUGGAUAUAUUGAGCCUAUGGUUACCGUGGAAUUGGGUAGCCUUUGGUGGUAUAAUACCCUCAGUGUUACUCUCGUUAUCCAUGUUUUUCAUCCCGGAGUCGCCCAAUUGGCUUAUGUUGAAGUUUGGCCGUUGUUUACGAGUAGUCGAGGCCCUCCAUCAGCUCCGGCACCCCAACAGCGAUAUCGACCAAGAAUUGGACGAAUUGGAGGAACAGGUGCUCAGCAUUCAGUCACAAAAGGCGUCCGGUUUCAGCAUUAGACUACUGACCCGUCAGGACGUGUAUAAGCCGUUACUCAUAGGCAUACUGUUGUGCUUUUUCCAGCAAUUUUCCGGCACUAAUGCCAUACAGUUUUACAUGACCCAG